GCAUAAGAUCCUUCCGGAUUAAUUAAUGAUAUCAAACCUAUUGGAAGUGGAGACAUUUUGAAGAUGGUUGGUACUAGAAAUUAAGGCUGUAGUACUGGAUCAGAGGCAGGGAGAUAUAGGAGGCAGUCAAAUACGGAUUUACAGGCUUCUUCUCUUUGGAAUGUAGAGAAAAUUUAAGCUAUGGCGGAAGAAGAACAAAACCCUGAUCACACUCACGUCAACGACCUUUCCUGCGACGAAGAUUACUGGAGUGCUGUUGAGCAGCCCCUAAUAAGAACGCAGAAUAAUAAGGGUAGCACUCAUGUACCCGUAGUACUAGCCGCAUCAGUUCGGCCUACUCCUUUGCCACAAUACCGAGUGGAACUGGAAGAGCUUGAGAAGGAAUGUUGGCUCCGUAUCCUGUUAUCUAAGGAACACGAGGAGCAUACGAAGCUUUUUGGCUGCUGCUACGGCUUGCAAGUGGAUGAUCAUGAUCUGUCUCUAAUCGCCUCUCAUGCUCGUCAAGAGGCUGUACACUGGAUUUUGGAUGCUAAUUCUUACCAUUCUUUCUCUGCCUUCACGGUGGUUUUAGCUGUUAACUAUCUGGAUCGUUUUCUACCCAGUCUGAAGCUCUGCAGGGAAUUGCCCAUGAAGCCAUGGAUGGUGCAGUUGGUUGCUACAGCCUGUCUUACUUUAGCAGCCAAAGUGGAGGAGACCCACGUUCCUCCUCUCCUUGAUCUCCAAGUUGACAAAUCAAAGUACUACGCAUUUACGCCGAAAUCAAUCCAAAGAAUGGAGCUUUUGGUUCUGUCUCUGCUAGAUUGGAAGAUGAAUCCGGUUAUCCCACUUUCUUUCCUGAGCUACAUAAUCGAAAUGGUUCCUUUGGCAGAUCACAAGCAUCAGGUGGAGUUCUCUGCACUGUUUGAGCAUUUUGUCCUUUCUCAGGUGCUCCAUGAUUUUAGAUUUGUGCAUUAUGGGCCAUCCGUAGUUGCUGUUGCCGUAACGUUGCGUGUGAUGAAACAAAUGGGUUUUGGCGGUGAGGCUUUUGAUAUCUGCAAGAAUGAACUCUGCCAUGUUUUUCAAUCCAACGAAGAGGAAUUUGAAGCGUGUUAUCAGCUGUUCAUCCUGAGAUCUGUGUCAAAUGGUGGGCGCAAUAUUGCCAAUAUUCAGGCCACAGAUUGUGUUAAAUUGCUCAAUUAGUCGUCCUUUAGCAUGAUCGCCCAUCCUCUUUCCGGUUUUCAGCUGCCGGAAAUGGAAAGAUCGUCAUUUAAAUAAUUCUUAUAUGAAUAAGAGAGUUCAUGAACUAGAUAUAGACACGUAAAGUGAAUCGCACAAGAUUUAUCAUUCAUGUCCUUAUAGAUUUUUUGGGCAUUAAUUAUCAAAUAAUAUGUAGAGCUCACUUCAUGUGUCUAUUUAUCUUCUUUUGACUCUCAAAUUCAGACAAAGAGCAGUUGCUUCUCCUCUUUUACAGCUCAUGAUUUUAGCAUGCCUGGACAAUU